AUGCAAUACUCGGCUUGUGUUGUCCAAGCUUUCUUUAUCCACAUCUAUGCAAUAGGUACAAUUUUCAGUCUGACUGCAAUGGCAUAUGAUAGAUAUAUUGCCAUAUGUUGCCCUUUGAAAUACAAAACAGUUAUGACGAAUGCUCACAUUAUGGGAAUAAUCACAUUAGUGUGGAUGAGUUCACUAGUUUUGAUAACUGUCCUUUUUGGUCUGCUUUUGCGUUUACCACACUGUCGAUCUGUAUUGCACAACCCCUACUGUGAUAACCCCUCUCUUCUUACUCUGGUCUGUGCCGACACAACCAUCAAUAAUAUUUAUGGGCUCUUUAUAGUUGCUCUUACACAACUGUUGGCUAAUGGGACAAUUUUGUACACAUAUCUCCAGAUCCUUGUUGCAUGCUUCAGAUCCAAGAGAGCCGACACAAAAGCCAGAGCUCUGCAGACCUGUGCUACACAUUUGACAGUUUUCCUCCUUUUGGAGUGUCUUGGUCUUUUUACUAUCAUAUCAUACAGGAUCAAAGGUUUUUCACCACAUUUAAGGAGAUUCAUUGGAAUGUCAACUUUAAUUUUCCCUCCAACAUUAAAUCCAAUUAUCUAUGGACUGAAAACCAAAGAAAUUAGAGAAAAAGUAGUCAAAGUAUACUUAAAGGGGACCUCUCAU